AAUUGUGUGACGGUUCAAGGUACUAUACAGACAGAUCUAUUUAUUUUCACAUUACAAUGCGAAGGAGGUGGAGUAGUUUGAUUUAUUGUUGAAUCUUUAGAACUGAGGGGGAGUUGUGAGUACAACAGACAUUUUAGGACACUGUAACAUGAAAGUUCGGCUCGAUCUCGUUUAUUAGACAGCUUUGACAAAUUGCAACUCACAUUCUUGCAAGAAUUUACAUGGAAGUAAUUGGAGAAUACUUCUGACUUUUUGUCCCUCUUCCUCAGCCUAGGUCACUUGCAAAUAUCUUUCAAUAUAAUUUAGCAAACCAUCAAAUGAAGGACGUACUUUGACAGUUAGAAAGACUUUUUGAAUUAAUGAAUUACUUCAUGGCUUCCCCUGUGGGAUACAAAAAAAAAAUUUUUCGAAGUUACCAUUGUGAUUCAAGUUUCGUAUGAAGAUGAAGGAAGGUUUAUCUGAAAUGCUCAGAUCAUUUGGUCAUGAAGCAUUGUCAAUAAUUAUAAUCUGUGUUAAUCUCCAUCAGUCUUAUUCAUGGAUAUCAUUUCACUGCAAAAUGAUAUAAAUACGACCACCAAGGUUCUCAAACACAAAAGCUGUGAAUUUAAUACUCGAACAGUUAAUAGUCAAAGCAGAACUACAGAGCUGUUAACAAGGCAGGGAAAUUUCUCUAACAGUUCUGGUUAUUCAGGUACAGACGGGGAAAUUUCUAUAUCAAUUCAGGUUGUUCAGCGUGAUCACUGAGUUUACGUCAUGGCUGUUCGUUUCCGUUUGCCCCAAUUGAUGAGAGAAGCUGCCGCUGAGUUCGCUUCUACAUUCAUUUUGCUGACGUUUGGAAUAGCGUCAGUAGCUCAGAUGGUUCUCAGCAAGUCGGAGUUUGGAAAUUUUUUCUCCGUGAACUUCGGUUGGGGAAUUGGUGUUAUGCUCGGCUGCUAUUGGGCUGGUGGAAUUUCAGGCGCUCAUAUGAACCCUGCGGUCACAUUGGCCUUUGCCGUCGUAAGAAGAUUUCCAUGGAAGAAAGUUCCCGUAUACUGGGCGGCACAACUACUGGGCGCAUUCGUGGCUUCGGCUUGUGUUUAUGGAGUUUAUUAUGAUGCCUUAAAUGCAUUUGAUGGAGGUGUCCGUCGUGUACUGGGUGAGAAAGGAACUGCAGGGAUCUGGGCAACAUAUCCUCAGAGUUAUUUGUCAACUGGGAACGGCUUUGGUGACCAGGUGUUCGGCACGGCCUUGCUUGUUGGCUGUGUCUUUGCCAUCAUUGAUAAGAACAAUAACACUCCUGAUAAGGGGGCGACACCUGUGAUAAUUGGGUUGACUGUGUUCGUCAUUGGCGCUACGUUUGGAUAUAACUGCGGUUACGCUAUUAAUCCUGCCAGGGAUCUGGGUCCGAGACUAUUUACUGCUAUGGCUGGCUGGGGCGCUGAAGUGUUUACUGCGGGCGACCAUUGGUUCUGGGUGCCAAUCGUGGGAUGCUUCUUAGGUGCAGUUCUGGGUGCACUCGCUUACAUCGGUCUGAUUGAGAUGCAUCAUCCCGAAGACGAUCCAAGCAAGCCCGGAGUGGAACUCGAAAACAUUACCAUCAAAAGUAACCAUGAGUAACCGAGGACACCUACCCGAUGGACAUUGUGAAAAAAAAAAUAAUCGUUGGCUUUUUAUAUAAGAUAAAUACAUAUCAUGUUCACUUUGUAUUUAAGUUACUAAGGAUGCGCACUAGCACCGCUGGAUAUCUAUUGAAAUAUUCUCGACAAGAUCCACUUUCUGCAUCUUACUCCUUUCGUUAGUUAAAACGGUGACCGUUUUUACAUAGCUUUGAGAUGAACGUUUCCAACGCUAAUAUGAACCUCUUUUUACAUAUAAAAUUUUAAUGAGCCAAAAAAUUCAAUCUUAUGAACCAAUGCCAUAAGGUCAGAGAUAAAAAAGACCCUCUACUUAGCAUCUUACCAUGUAUGGACACGGUGGAUGAUAUACUGACCUAGCAUUCUACAAGUAAAGAGGGUGUCCACCAUAAUAGGGACUUUGCUGAAGCAAUAAGUCUUUCCCCCUAGACGAACAUUUCUAUUAAGUGCAAUGUGAGCUUGUGCAUCGAAGUAAACUUGGGUAUAUUA